GACGCACAAGGCCUGUAGUUUGAAAGCAGCCUGGGCCCGGAUGAGCUGUACCGUUAGCUGUACUGGGAACAAAGUUAUAUUAAUAUAAACACAUUCAGAGAUUUUUUUGAGCUAUUUAACGCAGAGGUUUUGCUACUUUCGGGGAAUGCUGCAAUCAGCUGAGGUAGCAGUCCAGCAAGAUACGUGGACGCAGGCGUGUUUUUGAAUGGCAUUGUUUUCUUGCAUGUUGACUGAGUUGUCUUGAACUCCACACAAGGAGAAGCUAGCUGGCUAAGUUGCUAGCGGCUAGCUGGUUAGCCGCGGACUAUCCGGCCAACUCGCGUGCUGUUCACUUCCUUGUUGCACACCGGAGUGUGAUGGAGGGCAAGAAGUUUGUGAGAAGGAGACGGAGUUGACUACUUACAUUUUAACACUAUUCGGUAAAUGGAUUUACAUGCUCGCACAGACGAUAACGUUUUAGAAAAAGUGGAUCUUAAAUUUAGAGAGGCUUUAGGCCUGUGCUUUUACCAUGAAACGGAAUGCGACUGUGUAGCCGAGUACAGUUAGCCAGUUAAUACUAGCUGGCUAAACCGACUAGCAUUAGCUGAUAAAUCUGGGAGAUGUCCGUCCUGGAACACAAUGGUUGAGUAUCGUAUGGCUCUGUAACCAAGAAUCAUUUUGUGAAUUUGAUAUGAGCCGGAGUGUGCUGGCACUAAGUGUCAUUAAUUUCCCUCUGAACUAACUCACUUUAUCUUCAAUCUGAACUGUACUAGCUUUGUAAUGCUAACGUUAAGCUAGCUAGCUGGCUGGCUGUCUACCUGUGAUUUUGCUGUUACGUUAGCUGACUAGCCUGUCACCAUAGCUAGCCCAAUGUUUUGUUCCACGACACACCAAGGGACAUAGCUUUGGUAAAUUAGAGAAUAUAUUAUUCUUAGCGUGGUGGUAGCAUUUAUUUGGGAGAUAAAUGCCUAAUUCGGAGGUGCUUCGCGAGGGUCGGGGACGGAGCCCCUCUGCACAGAGAAAUGCUAGCAGGCAGGACAGGCGUAGCAAACCGGGGAGCGGUGCCGCUCAGCGAGACAGGCACCGUGAGAAGAGGCGCUCAUCGGCUUCUAGAAGAAAGAAACGCAGGCAACCCAAGGAAAGAGGCUUGUGGCAUACCGGUACAAUAGAGGACCCUGACAAUGAUCGAAGAAGUGCUUUUGAGAAAGAUGUUGAACUUCGGACACUGGUGGAGUACGAUGACGUGAGCUCCCAGUCAGAGCGUUUUUCUGGGAGCCCGUCUCCUAAACUUGACCCCCAUGCUGAGAGUCUCACAGCGGACCGACUUAGCGAUGUUGACUAUAAUGGACCAGCAUCCCCAGACAGAAGUCACCCCAGAGAGCGGGAGGCAGUAAGCCUCAGCAAGGACGAGAAAACAAGAGGACCACCUGAGAGAAGCAGGCAAGAGAAGGAGCUAAGUAAGAAAAAAGACCGUCACAGUCGGGAGAGGGACUCCUCAAAAGCCAGGAGUGGAGGAAGCCUGAGUGGCUCUAAAAAUCACAGAGACACUACAAGGAGCAGUGACAGGAAUGGCAAAAGGACAUCUACAUCCCAGUCCUCACAAUCUGCUGAUAAAAGGGAUUCAAAAAGGCACAGAAGUAAAACAAGAUCUGAUAAAGAGCCCCCAUCUGCAUACAGAGAUGCUCCACAGUCUUACAGAGAUGAUCGUGAGGACCUCAGGGCAUACAGGAGAAGUCCUGGUUUUAAAUCAGAAAGUCCCUAUGGGACAUCAUAUUCAUAUAACUACCAGUCUCCUGGCGGUUAUAACCAGCUGAUAUCUAGAAGAAGUCCAACUUAUGCGAGCAAAAGACUUUCUCCCAGUUCCACAUAUUACAGCCGAGAUGCAGACAUGUAUGGGUCGUACGGUGCCCCCAAGUCACCCAGUUCAUACUCGAGCAACAAAAGGAAGAGAUCACCUGUGAGCCCAGUGAACUGGCGCAGGUCUCCGAGUUACGGUCGGCACAGUCCUUAUGAACAAGGAGAGUUUGGCUCAAGUCCUUAUGGUAACCGGAGGCGAUCACGGAGUCCAUAUAGGAAGUCCUUGAGCCCAAGUCCUGAUGUCAGGCGAUCUGCUAGGUCACGCAGUAGAAGUCCAUAUUCAACUUCAAGGCAUUCACGUUCUCGCAGCCGACACCGCCACUCUCGUUCCCGUAGUCGGCCAUCUAGUCUUUCACCAAGCACGCUCACCUUCAAAACUAGCCUUGCUGCUGAACUCAGUAAGCAGAAAAAGGCUAAAGCUGCAGAAGCAGCUGCUAAGGCCAAGAAUUCGAGCAAUACAUCGACUCCCACCAAGGGUUCCUCGUCCGCUCAUCAGCCCAGCCCUAAAUCGAAUCACAACUCCAGAAAGGGUCGCCCUCCUUCUCCACCUCAACCGGAGAAGGGACCCCGAACUCCCACAUCAACCCAGCCUCAGUCACCCUCAGAGAGGUCAUCCAAGAAGACAACAGAGCACCAGACCAGCAGGGACAGGGAUGUAAAGGGCAAGGAUGACUCUAUACAUCGGGACAAGAGGAAAGCACCAGCCUCUGGACAAGGCAAAGAAAAGGAACGUACCACAGGUCAAGCCAUGUCUACCCUCCCAUUGCUGCCAUUGCCCCAAACAGUUAUUGAGCACAUGGACAAAGGAGAAAGCUUGAAAGACAGCUCACUCUCAGGGAAGAAAAAGUCAGAGAAAAAGGCUCGUCAGCUUUUAACAGACUUGCCUCUGCCCCCUGAACUUCCUGGAAGCACAGAUUCUACCCAGAGCCCAUCUGAUGACAAGAAGUCCCAAACAAUUCGCCGAAGACCUAAAAUCUGUGGUCCGAGAUAUGGUGAAAUUAAGGAAAUUGCCAUAGACUGGGGAAAACGUUGUGUUGACAAGUUCGAGAUCAUUGGAAUCACAGGGGAAGGAACCUACGGUCAAGUGUACAAAGCUAAAGAUAAAGACACCGCUGAAAUGGUGGCAUUGAAGAAGGUUCGACUUGACAAUGAAAAGGAAGGCUUCCCAAUUACAGCCAUCAGAGAGAUUAAAAUUUUACGUCAACUGAACCAUAAAAGUAUUAUCAACAUGAAGGAGAUUGUCACAGACAAAGAGGAUGCUCUAGACUUCAAGAAUGAUAAAGGUGCUUUUUAUCUUGUAUUUGAGUACAUGGAUCACGACCUGAUGGGUUUGCUUGAGUCUGGUCUCGUUCAUUUUAAUGAGAGCCACAUAAAGUCUUUCAUGCGACAGUUGCUGGAGGGACUCGAUUACUGCCACAAGAAGAACUUUCUUCAUAGAGACAUUAAGUGCUCCAAUAUUCUGCUCAAUAACAAAGGUCAAAUAAAGCUUGCAGACUUUGGUCUUGCUCGGCUGUAUAACUCUGAAGAGAGUCGACCAUAUACCAAUAAAGUGAUCACACUAUGGUACCGUCCCCCAGAGUUACUUCUGGGAGAAGAGAGGUACACACCUGCUAUUGAUGUAUGGAGCUGUGGAUGCAUUCUUGGUGAGCUGUUCACAAAGAAGCCAAUCUUUCAAGCUAACCAGGAGCUUGCCCAGUUAGAGCUUAUUAGCCGCAUAUGUGGCAGCCCCUGUCCUGCAGUCUGGCCAGAUGUCAUAAAGCUUCCCUUCUUCAACACCAUGAAACCAAAGAAGCAGUACCGGCGACGACUACGAGAGGAGUUUGCUUUCAUCCCUCCAGCUGCCCUCGAUCUUUUUGACCACAUGCUCAAUCUGGACCCCAGCAAACGCUGCACAGCUGAACAGGCGUUGGGCAGCGAGUUUCUCAAGGAUGUAGAUCCAGACAAGAUGCCUCCACCAGAUCUCCCACUUUGGCAGGACUGUCAUGAGCUGUGGAGUAAGAAACGCAGGCGACAGAAGCAGAUGCCGGAAGAACUGGCAGCUCCAAAGGCACCCCGCAAAGAGCUGGGCCUUGAUGACAGUCGCAGUAACACGCCGCAGGGUUUGUCUGCCCCCGGAGCCAUCAAAGCCCAGAAUGCAGCUGCUUCUGCUCUGCUAGACCCAAAGGGAGCAAACUCACAGUUAACCCAGGAACAGCUGGCAGUUCUCCUGAACUUCUUAGGGCAGCCAAAGAGUGCAGUCAGCACAGCCCAGUUUGUCCAGUCCAUGAGCUCAAAGGUCAACCAAGAGACAUUACAGCAGCUCUCUAAAGCCUUAGCUCCCACUGACCCAGCUGAGCCUCCUCUUCAGCCUGCAACUGCCAAGCCUCCCCCACCCACAGCCCCAGCAGGAGUACCCCGUACUCCUCCAAUGCCCAAACCUCCUUCGCCCCCGAUGUCUGCUCCGUCAAAUAUUCCAGAAGGCGAGGCUGCAGCUGCCACACAGACAGCCAUGACUAUGCUGCUAGCUCAGCUCCUCCAGGCUCAGCAUACACAAAGGCAGGAACCAGUCGAUGGUGGAGAAGGAGUAGAGAGCACCAACUCUGCUGGAGCUGCAGCACCGCUUCUACCUCCAGAGGUUAAACAGCCUCCUGAGCCCAGUCCUGUCUCACCAGUGUCUGAUGUAAGUGGGGUGUCCAUCCUGCCCCCAGACCAGAGACCACCAGAGCCUCCGGAGCCACCUCCACAUGCUGACCUUGACUACCGGCAGCCACCACCUGAGCCCAAGACAGGCCAUGCCCCCCCUAUUGCAUCUGCAGGUGCAGGUGACGGAGGGAGACCCCCAGAGCCAGACUAUCCACCUCUGCCCACUGCAGAAGGUUCUGGAUACGGUGGCGAAUACAGCCAUCCACCUCCUCCACCUUUUACACCUGCAGGGUUUGGGGAAAGCUACAUGGGUCAUAUGUUGGGUGGGGGCUUGCCACCUCACACUCUGAGAGAAGUGUUUAGUGGGCCUGGACAGGCUGCCAGCUCCUCUACUGCUCCUGGGGCUCUUGCUCCAGCCCACCCCGACCCAUUCCCUCCAAGUGCCGGAGCUUCUGGACCCAGCAGUAUGGUUUUCACUGGGGACAAGGACCACCGUUUUGAGUACAAUCACAGCCCUUUACCUGUGGAGGGACAGUCUAACCCCAGUGCUAUCCACCUUUACAACCAUGCCAUGGCAAGAAAGGAUGGUGUACCUCCUCCACCACCCAUCCCAGCACCAGGACAACCCUGGGGCUCCCCCUCUCAAGUCGGGGCUCCACCACUACCCCUUGGCUUUGUCCCACAUGUGAACUCGACGGCAACAAUCAGAGGCCGAGGGCUGCCUUUCUGAAAGACUGGAAAUAUGUAAAGUGACUAUGGGUGAAAGGGUUGACCCUGAAGCCUCUUAGACCAGAUUAGAUGGAUCUGGAGAUGCACAUUAAGUUUUUAAUAACUUAAAUCUGUAUAAGGCGUUGUAUUCCUCCUCAGUCUGGAAUGUGGAAUACGCUGCAGAAGGACAGUUAACAUCGGAGGAGCUUUUAUUGCUCAUACCAUUUUCAUAUUUUUUUUGUAAUCUAUUCUGCUGUCUUUUAAAUUAAACUCUGAUCUUUUUGAGUGUACAUUUAUCAGGCUGGGUAAAUUUUAAAACUCUACCUUAGCCUUUCUGUAAUUGCUUCAGAGCAGACUAGUAUUAAUGUUUUGCACUACUGAGUGAAGUAGGCGGAAACUAUUUUUGGUUAUGAAAGGAAAUGGAUGAUGUGCUCCAUCUGCACAAUUAGGAAUAUAACCCAUAAGUAAUGUUGUCCUCCUUUUUCUAUUGUCAAGAUUAUCUUCAAACAGUGGUGGCCCAUUUGGGUCAGAUUAGUCAUGAGCACAACAAGCUAAUUGAGAGAAUAAGGAGUAGUAACCUCUCAGACGAAUGCACCAAAUCUGAUCCAGCUUCAUGGAGAAAGGCUGUUUGAAUUCCACAUGCCUUUUUUUGCCAGUAGGUGUUGUAAAAUCACAAGCAAAACAGAGAAGCAUAAUCGGAGUUUGAAAAGAAAACAAUGUCUUCUUUUUUUUCCUGUUUUUUUUUUUUUUCUUUUCUUUUGUACUAAAAUGAUUUGUCAACCACCCUCCUCCUCCACCUUUGGCAAAUGUUUAUUAAAGAAAUGCCGACGGUA